GGAUAAUGAGCCCAAACACACCUCCAGGCUAUGUGAUGAGUGAUGGAGUGCUACAAUCACAUGACCUAAACCCAGUUGAGAUGGUUUGGGAUAAAUUGGAGUGCAGAGUGAAGCCAUUCACCGCGGUGGUAAAUGACCACAACAAAGGUCUGUGUGUCCCGUCAGCUCUGGUUGACAGUGGAAGAUUCCACCCACGCCUAAAACACAGAGACACACACUACAACACGUUUGUUUCACAACGGUCUGCCGCGCGUGUGUGUGACUCACACGCACACACACACACACACCGCCGUUUCAGAGGAAGAGAAAGCGAAAAGUUUCAUCUGAUUCUGGAGCUAAGAGCGCGCGCACCAGACCCUAACAUCAGCUGACACACGAUGUCUUCUAAUGGAGUCAUCGUGUACUUUGACCUGGAGACAACGGGACUAAAUACUCAUAUGUGUGACAUCACCCAGCUGUCUGCUGUCUGUGGGGAUCAGGUAUUCAAUGUCUACGUCCUCCCUGACAGCGAGAUCAGUGUGGGAGCCUCAAAGAUCACAGGCUUCACAGUCACUGAUGACAACCUGUUUUGCCACGGGAUUCCUUUGGUCACCACCCCUCUUGUCGAGGCGCUCACCUCCUUCAUAGAGUUCCUCCGCUCCUUCCACUGUCCUGUGCUGCUGGCGGCCCACAACGCAAAAUGGUUUGACGUACCCGUGCUCACCAGAGUGCUAACGCAGUGCUCCCUCUUGCAGGAGUUUAAGGGGGUGGUGCAUGAGUAUGUGGAUACAUUAGUGCUGAGCAGGAGUCUCUAUCCGGAGCUGGGCUAUUACAACCAAACACAUUUGGUCAAGUUCUUCUUAGGAAAGAACUACAAUAGCCACAAUGCAGUGGAGGAUGCCAAGGCGUUGCAGGAGCUGUUUGAGUGGUGGAAUCCUUCAAAAUGUAUCAUCUCAAAUAAUAUUUGUCUAUUUUAAAACAAACAAAAAGAUUGGAUGUAUUCAUACUGUAAUAUCAUGAUGAGGUUAUGCUCCAGUUAAUCAUGACACAAUGGUAAACCCAUUAAACUCCUGUUUAAUCUUUCCAGAAAAGUUUGCAUAUUUAAUUAUUAUUUUGAACAAAUUCCAACAGACAUACAGGUCAUGAUAGGUCUCUGCUGGUCUCCUUGUGAAAGGCAGUUUGGGAAAUGUAGGAAACCACACGAAACCAAUAGAAUGAGCAGGGACAGGUGAUUCUCUAUUGCUUAAGUAUAUAUGUAUGCACAUUUACAUAAUGAAGACUUUUGGGGAUGUUAAAGCUAACAAUUAUCUCAGAUUCUUAAAGAAAAUUUGACAUAAUGCCCCUGUAUGAACUAUUACUUUCCAUUGAUGUGAUUCAAAUCAGACAUGUUCAGGGGAAUGUGAACACAGCUAAUUUUCAUGUAAGAUUUCUGUCACUUCAUGUGACAUAAGUAAGAUUGUUUUUGCCUAUAAUAAAGUCAUCAUUGACCUGCAUUAGCAGCAGGGUACAGCUAAUCAACAGUGGAGGAGACAAACCUGACUGGGGGACUGGGUUUUUCUAUCAUUUAAAUUUUAAAACAAUUAAACAACUAAAUAUUACAUAAUAUGAAUGUAAGGUAUAAUUUAAAAUACAAUUUUUGAUUAAAUAUUAUACAUUUUAUCAAGUUUCUGAGAAUGAUAUGUUUAACUGUACAAAUAACCGUACAACUGAUGAAUGAAGUGAUAAUUGACAAAUGUUGAUUGUUAUACAAUGGAAAAAACGUCCUUAUUAAUCAGUUGUCCACCUCUUGUACACUUAACUGCAUUUCAGAGGACAUUCAUGUUCACAUUAAAGACAUUAAAUCUGAUCUGAGCCAGUACAGAAGUGGAACUGAACAACAGUUCACUUCUGUACUGGCUGGAAAUGUGGUCAUAGUCUAAAUCAGGGGUCUCAAACUCACGGCUUCCCAGUCCAACACUUAUUAAUACAAUGAAAACUGGCUCAGACUGACCCAACAGUUAGCAAUAUUUUUAUGACAAUAAUAAUACAUCAGGUUAUAUUUUUUAUUAUCGCCUUCAAAUUUUAAU